AUGCCAUUGAAGAGGCAAAUGAACACACAAAAUAUUAGGCAAAUAAAAAGGGAUUUGCAACACCAAUUGGCACUCCUAAUGCUUAACAUGACUUUUGUGCACGAUCUACAUAACAAAAACUUUUAUAUAUGUCUAUCCGUGACGUGCCUUGCACGUGCACGCUCACUAGUAAUAAAAAUGGACCAGCUGUGGAGGAAAACUAAGGUGAAAUUUUUUAUCUUUUUAGAUCAAAGAACAUGGUAUAUGUGGACAACAUAACACUACCUGAUGUCAAAGAAAAAACAUAACCCUGUGUAUGUUAAUCUGUAUAGCUGAGGCAUCCACCAGAGCAUGCAUGUGCAGUAUAUUAUUGGUUGAAUUUGGAAAACUAGAAUACGCACCAUAUAACAUAUAUCGGUCAACAUUAUCAUAAUCCCCAAAUAAAAAAGAUAACUUUAACAACAAAAAAGAUGCAUCUGGCAUGCAGCUACUAAAUCCAAAUGAACAAAAUUCAUAUCUCCCAAACAAUUUUGGUCAAAAUGGAUUAAAAACUCAAGACGAUGUCAAGAAAUGAAAAAAAAAUCGACAUGCUGCAUCUGCCUAUUUAAAGCUCAAGAACAUUCAGAAGAAUGGCGGCGAAACCAAACACAACAAUCGCAUGAUCAGCUAGAGAUCGAAACAGAGAAAGACCGUGACCCAUGGCGAGCGGCGGCGGCGGCGUGAGGCUGAAGGCCGGGACGCGGCCGCCGUGGGUGGGGCUAGCGGCGGCGGUGUGGGUGCAGAUGGCGGCGGGGAACGCGUACACGUUCCCGCUCUACUCGCCGGCGAUCAAGGCGGCGCUGGGGUACACGCAGCAGCAGCUCGCCGUGCUGGGCGUCGCCAAGGACGUCGGCGAGAACUUCGGCGUCGUCGCCGGCGUGCUCUGCAACAGCUUCCCGCCCUGGGUGGUGCUGCUCGUCGGCGCGGCCUUCUGCUUCGUCGGCUACGGCGCGCUCUGGCUCGCCGUCAGUGGCGCCGUCGUCGCCAUGCCGUACUGUUUGCUAUGGAUUGUGCUAGCAAUGGCAACAAACAGCAACGCGUGGUUCCUGACAGCCGUGCUGGUGACCAACAUGCGCAACUUCCCGCUCCGCCGCGGCGUCGUCGCCGGCCUCCUCAAGGGCUACAUCGGCGUCAGCGCCGCCCUCUUCACCCAGGUCUUCUCCGGCGUGCUCCACCGCUCGCCGACGAGCCUCCUCCUCCUCCUCGCCACCGGCCUCCCCACCAUAUGCCUCGCCACCAUGUACUUCGUCAGGCCCUGCACGCCGGCGACGCUCGACGCCGCCACAACCGACGCCGACACCGAGGAAGACGGCCAUUUCGCCUUCACCCAAGCCGUGAGCGUCGUCCUCGCCGUCUACCUCGUGACAACCACCGUCCUCGGCAACGCCAUCAAACUCUCCGAUGCAACCAGCUACACGCUUUUCAUCGUCACCGUGCUUCUGCUUCUUGCGCCGCUCGCGAUCCCGGUGAAGAUGACAUUGUUCAGGAGUUCGCCGCGGCGGCGGAGUACAGAAACAACGGAGGAGCCAUUGCUGAUCCCGCCACAUGUGGUCGUCGACAGCGGCGGCGAUGGCGACGAGGAGGAAUCUGACAAGGUGGAUUUGCUGCUAGCGGAAGGGAAGGGGGCGGUGGUGAGGAGGACGAAGAGGCGGCGGCCGAGGAGAGGGGAGGACUUCGAGUUCAGUGAGGCGCUUGUCAAGGCUGAUUUCUGGCUGCUGUUCGUUGGAUACUUCAUUGGAGUUGGAACGGGUGUCACCGUGCUGAACAAUCUGGCACAGAUUGGUGUUGCUGCUGGUAUUGGUGACACUACGGUUUUGUUGUCCCUGUUUGCGCUUGGUAACUUCUUUGGCCGCCUUGGUGGAGGUGCAAUUUCAGAGAAAUUUGUCAGGUCGACAUUGUUGGUUCCUAGGCCAAUAUGGAUGGCGUUGACGCAAACCGUCCUCGUCGUCGCUUACCUCUGUUUGGCCUAUACUCUCGGCCCAGCCGUCGCCUACGCUUGCACGGCCACCGUUGGCCUUUGCUACGGCGUGCAAUUCUCAGUGAUGAUUCCAACGACCUCAGAGCUGUUCGGGCUCAAGAACUUCGGCCUCUUCUACAACCUCAUGUCCCUGGCGAACCCGCUCGGCGCAGCGCUCUUCUCCGGUGAGCUCACUGGUCGACUAUACGACGAGGAGGCCGCGAGGCAACAACAUUCUGGUGGUGUGUGCCUUGGCCCAGGAUGCUUCAGGGCCGCGUUCGUGGUGCUCGCCGGUGCCUGCUCGGUGGGGACGGCGGUGAGCUUGGUAUUGGCGGCAAGGAUACAGCCGGUUUACAUGGCUCUCUACUCUGGCGGGUCGUUCAGGUUGCCUAACGCGUCACAGCAACAUUGAGCUUUGCAUUUCUUUGAAUUGAGUUGUUGUUGCAUGUCACGCGCGCGUUACAUUAAAUUUUGGAUAAUUGGAUUGCUAGCUUGGUUUGUGAAUAUUGAUGACAUGCAUAUUAUUGAAAAUGGUUUAUGAUAUGUGAACA